CGUGAUUCAUCAUGCCCAGAAACACACUGUUCGCCGAACAAGAAACGACGGCAGCCAUCUCAGCCCCGUCCCGGGACGGGACACCCGUACAUGAGCAUACAUGCACGUGGUGCAUACCUACGGUCGUACUACGUACUGGAGUAUGCAUGCAGCCAGCAGUCUUAUUACCCCGGUGCCAUGGAUUUUUUGCUUCUUUCUUGGUAGUCGGUCGGUCUACCUAUUUGUCAACAAGGCGAGAAGAGACGAGGACCACGAUCGUUGCCUCUCUGCCUGCCUCUUUUUCUUCACACCCCUCCUUUAUUCCCCCUCCCCCCUCCCCUUUGCUUUCUUCCCUCACUCUCAAACGCUAGGGGGAAUGGGAGAUCGACUAAGUGCGUCUGCUGGGACUCCCGCCGUCUCGGGCGUGGAAUCGUGGCUUAACUUUUUUUCUGCCUUCCCGUCUCUCCGCAUCGAGGCAAGGACAUCGUACAUCCUACCCAAGGUAUCCGUAGUAGUGCCGCCUAUCUGGGUAGGUAGUUGCAGAGAGGAAUACCUCUACCCAGCAGUAUUGUCUCCGAGUUCUACCACAACCUACCUACGGUAGGUACGGUACCAUCCAAGGUAGACAGACAAUCGAUACGUACCUUUCUACCACCUGCCUCGCUGUCCUUGCUGCUGCAAAACAUCAAACAGGCAAGUGGGUCUGUUUGCACGAGCAAAAACCCUUGUGGCUGGCCGUGCCCGUGCCCGCGUCGUUAUUGGGCCCGG